GGGGCGCCAGGGUCAGGCCAGUGGCUUGGAGGUGUCUUUCUAGCUAGGAUAGGGGAGGGGGCAGGGGGAGUUACUACGUGUGAAGAUGCCUCGGCCCCUGGGGAUACGGCCGGAGGGCGGGGCCCCGGGACCCAGAGAAGGGAAGACACCAGGCCUAUGCUUGGGGUAACGGCGGAGGAUGCGGCGCAGGAGGGAAGAGUCUGGGAGCCGCAGCCCGACCUGCUGGGCCGGAUCGGCUCCCAGGAAACCCCGCCGAGGCAGGUCUGACGAGGGACCGCUGGUGCCGCAGCCGCAGAGAUGCCCACCCUCUCAAGAUGGCGACUCCCGGAGAGACACUCCCAAGAGGACAGCCAUGUUUUUUGAAAUCUCUGUGGAGCCCUUGGGCCAGACCCCACAGUGAAGGCUGCAGGAUCUUCCUUCCAGCUCCACAAGCUCACACUGAGUCCACCGACCAGCCUCGCCUCAGGGUCUCAAGAAGAGCAGCGUUGUGAGCAAGAGAGUCCAAGGGUUGAAGAAGAUGCCAGCCAACCAGAGCUAUCGCCAGUGGUCCCCAGACCUGGCUGCAGAGGGACAAGGCAGCAUGUGUGAGGUGUCAUUCGAGGAUGUCACUGUGGACUUCAGCCAGGAGGAGUGGCAGCACUUGGACCCUGUUCAGCGGCGCCUGUACUGGGAUGUGACGCUGGAGACCUACAGCCACCUGUGUGCAGUGGGUUACCAAGUUCCCAAACCAGAGGUCAUCUUCAGACUGGAGCAAGGAGAGGGGUCAUGGACAUUGGAGAAAGAAACUCCACAUCACAGCUGCUCAGAUGAGGAUUUGGGGCAAACUCAACAACAGAGAAUUUCUGGAGAAGUUUCAUUCCACUGUGAGAAAAUUGGUCAAUCCAUAGGAAAAGAUUCAUUGUGUUCCAUUAUAGAAGAACUGUGGCAAGGUAAUGACCAGCUAGAAAGAAAUCAAGAAAACCAAAAUAACCCUUUAAGUCAUGUGAAAAUAUUGACUAAGGAGAGGGGCUAUGAAUAUAAAAAUAUUGAAAAAAUAAUUCAUGUGAGUACCAGGCUUGUUCCUUCAAUUAAAAGACUCCAUAACUUUGAUACAUUUGGAAAAAGUUUGAUGCAUACUUUAAAUUUACAUAACCACAAUAAAAGCAAUGCAACAAAGAACUUUGAUAAGAUUUUUGGAAAUGGUAACAAUUUUGCACAUAGCUCUUCCUUUACUAAGAAUGAGAAUGCUAAUAGAGGAGCAAACUCCUAUGAACUUAAUCAAUGUGAAAAACAUCUUGAGCACAAACAAGUUCUCACCCACCAUCAGAAAAUUCAUACUGGAGAGAAACUUUAUGUAUGUACUGAAUAUAUGAAUACCUUUACCCAGGAGUCACAUCUUUUUGAGCAUCAGAGAAUUCAUGCUGGAGAAAAAUCUCAUGAAUGCAAUAAGGAUGAGAAUAUCUUCAUUCAGAAGCCACAAAUUGAGGUACCUCAAAGUGUUUACACAAGAGAGAAACCUUUUAUAUGUAUUCAAUGUGGGAAGGCUUUUACCCUCAGGUCAAACCUCAUUACACAUCAGAAAAUUCAUACUGGGCAGAAACCCUAUAAAUGCAGUGAAUGUGGAAAAGCCUUUUUCCAUAGAUCAUAUCUCUUUAGACAUAUGAGAAUUCAUACAGGAGAAAAACCUUAUGAAUGCAAUGAAUGUGGAAGAGGAUUUUCUCAGAACUCUGACCUCAGUAUACAUCAGAAAACUCAUACUGGAGAGAAACACUAUGCAUGCAGUGAAUGCGGGAAAGCCUUCACAAGAAAAUCAGCACUCAGGAUGCAUCAGAGAAUUCACACAGGAGAAAAACCCUAUAUAUGCACUGAAUGUGGAAAGGCCUUCAUCCAGAAAUCCCAUUUCAAUACACAUCAGAGAAUUCAUACUGGAGAAAAACCUUAUGAAUGCAGUGACUGUGGAAAAUCAUUCAUUAAGAAAUCACAGCUGCAUGUGCAUCAAAGAAUUCAUACAGGAGAAAAACCUUAUAUAUGCACAGAAUGUGGAAAGGUCUUUACUCAUAGGACAAAUCUCACUACACAUCAGAAAACUCAUACUGGAGAGAAGCCAUAUAUGUGUGCCGAAUGUGGGAAGGCUUUCAGUGAUCAGUCAAAUCUCAUUAAACACCAGAAAACUCAUACUGGAGAGAAACCCUAUAAAUGCAAUGGCUGUGGAAAGGCCUUCAUAUGGAAGUCACGCCUCAAAAUACAUCAGAAAUCUCAUAUUGGAGAGAGACACUAUGAAUGCAAUGAAUGUGGAAAAGCUUUUAUCCAGAAAUCAACACUCAGUGUACAUCAGAGAAUCCAUACAGGAGAAAAACCCUAUGCUUGUCCUGAAUGUGGGAAGGCCUUCAUCCAAAAAUCACACUUUAUUGCACACCAUAGAAUUCAUACUGGAGAGAAGCCUUACGCAUGCAGUGACUGUGGGAAAUGCUUCACAAAGAAGUCACAACUCCGAGUGCAUCAAAAAAUUCACACAGGAGAGAAACCCAACAUAUGUGCUGAAUGUGGAAAGGCUUUCACUGACAGGUCGAAUCUCAUAACACACCAGAAAAUCCAUACUAGAGAGAAACCCUAUAAAUGUAGUGAUUGUGGAAAAUCCUUCACCUGGAAGUCACGCCUCUCUAUCCAUCAGAAAUCUCAUACUGGAGAGAGACACUAUGAAUGCAGUAAAUGUGGGAAAGCUUUCAUCCAGAAAGCAACACUAAGUAUGCAUCAGAUAAUUCACACAAGAAAGAAAGCUUAUGCUUGCACACAAUGUCAGAAGGCCUUCACAGACAGAUCAAAUCUCAUUAAACAUCAGAAAACUCACAGUGCAGAAAACUAUAAAUCCAGUGACGGAAAAUACCUUCAGCUGGAAAUCAUAAUGGGAUGUGCAUCAGCUGUCUCACAGAGGUGACAAGGAGUGCCUGAUGCUGCAAUCAUUGUGCAGGGGGAGUAGAUAUGACAGACUAUAAAUAGCUUAAGUGAACAGAAGGUCAACAAAGCCAACUAUUCUUCAGUCAGGUGGAAUACAAGUUGAUAUGCGAUUAUAUGUGUAGCGAGCCACUUUGGUAAAGCAUUUGAGCAAUAGCCCUGAUUGGUUUCAUGAUUCACACAGACACUCUCAUUCUCCUGCAGAUGGUAGAGAUAGAGACCCCAGGAGAUGACUUGUAAUCUCUUGUGCUUCACUUUUUGAAUAAAGGGCUUUAUAAAUGCAGCACUGAUUUGUUCUUCACACCCUGAAAUGUAAAACUACUCAAUAAUGACCAAUUUUUUUCAAAUUUCUAAGGUGGGGAGAAGAGCAUUCAUUGUCCAAACACUUCUAGGGCAUUGAAGUCAAGGCAAAAACCAAUUUAGGAAUAUAUUAAUAGAUCUAUGAGUAGAAGCCGGAAGUUUUUAUGAUAAUUGACAUUUAAGACACAGAAAAGAUUGCCCUGAGGAAGCGCUCUUUUUCUUGCCUUUGAGACAUCACCGUGGUAUAUUUUUAAAAUAUGAAAUACAAUUUUUAAAUUUAAUUUCUGACUUUAUGCAUUGGCAAAUUAAGCAUAGCUCUAGCCUGUGUUACAGGAAUGUAACAUAUUAAAUGUUACAUAUGCCUAAAGGUGGCAGUUGUUCCCUUAUCAAUUCCAUGCUGUGGCAGCAGGUGAUUCACACUUGAAAGUAGUGAACACACCUUCUAAUCUGUACUCCCAAAGCUAUCAUUUAGGUGAGCUGCAGACCAUAAACUUCUUAUCCCCUUAGUAACUGAACCUAAGACAAUGAAACUGAGCCACAGCACUCUGGACUUCCACUGAAGCUUCUGCUUUCUUGGGGAUUCCUGUUUGAAAAACAACAGUUGAGAAAUUGGGUUUCAAUACAUAAAAUGGUGGGUUUUCUUCCAAGUUAGUUAAUUUUACAUAUUCAUGUUUAUGUGCACAUUAAGAGUAAUUUUGUGUGGAUUGCUAUGGGAUAAAGUCAUGUUGCAUUAGUUAUUUAGCCUAAGAUAUGAUUAUAAAUUAUAGUUGAAUAACCGGAAGACUUCUCUAAAAAGAGCACUGCUUUUUUUAAGCACUGAUAUGUAAACACUUUCUUGUUUUUAAUUAAAAUUUUUUUACAAUACUCAUAAGAAAAGGGGCUUUCUUUCUAGCAUGUAGUUUUAUUUUGUUUUUAAACUUUUUAAUUAAAUUAUAAUGCAUACUGAAAAUGCACAUAUCAUAAGCAUACAGUUCAGUGAAUUCUAACAAACUGAACACACUCAGAUCAAGAACCAGAACAUGACUAGCACCCCAGAAAAACUCCCUGUGCUCCCUUCCAGGUCUUAUUGUCCACCUCCCCCACUAGGUAAACACUAUCUUGACUUAAAUAGUUUUGUCUACUUGGUAUUUUAUAUAAAUUAACUCAGUAGUUAUAUUUCAUAUUUUGGUAAUAUACUGUUAAGUAUCUGUCUUCUUUCAUUCACAUUAUAAAUGUGAGAUUUGUCCAUAUUGUUAAAUGUAGUUGUACGUAAUUCAUUCUUAUUGUCAUGUUAAAUUACACUCUGUGAAAAUUCAACAGUAUAUUUAUCCAUUCUAUUGUUAAUGGACAUUUGUGUUGUUUGCAGCUUAGAGCUAUUGGAAAUAGUGCUAGUAUAAAUAUUUUAGUACCUAUCUAUUGGUGAACAUAUUUAUGAACUCUGUUAGGCAUAUAUCUAGGAGUUGAACUGCCAGAUUAUAUUGUAUCCAUAUGCUCAGCUAGUUUAUGAAACUAGUUUUCCAAAGUGAUUGCACCAGUGUAUACUCCCACCAGCACAGUAUAUGAGUUCUAGUUGCUCCUUGUCAAUACUUGGUAUUUUCCAUCUUCUUUUUUUUAAAAAACUAUAGCCAUUAUGCUGGAUGUAUAGUGAUAUCGCAGUGUGAUUUAAUUUUUAUUUUCUUAUCCUCCAGCCCCACCAUAGUAUCUUCCCAAGACAGUUGCCUGAUAUCUCAGAUCUGAAACUUAGCAUGGUUCUCACGUGACUGUACCAUUUUACAUCUCACCAACAAUAGUAAGCAAUUAGUAACUUUAAAUAUUCCCAUACAAAAAUGCCCAAAGCUUGAUGGUUUGAUUGGUUGAGUGCAUUAAACAUUUGAGUAGAAAUCUUUCAGAAAAUAGGAAAGAACACUCCCCAACUCUAUGAGGCCAAGAUUACCCUGAUACUUAAGCCAUACAAACAUAUCACAAGAAAACUACAAGCAACAUUCCUCGUGAAUAUAGAUGUAAAAAUCUGCAACAAAAUAUUAGAAAUUGAAUCCAGCAACAUAUAAAAGGAUUAUACAUCAUGACCAAGUGGGAUUUAUUCCAGUGAUGCAAGACUGCUUGCUUCAACAUUCAAAAAUCAGUCAAUGCAAUCUACUGUAUUAUAUAUACAGAUUUAAAAAAAAAGGAAAAUCACAUAAAGCACAUAGUCUACAUAUUGAAUACAACUUUAUCAAAUCUCCAGCAGGCUUUCUUCCCCAGAAAUUGAUUAGCUAAUCCUAAAAUUUAUAUAGAAAUAGAAAAGACCAAAAAUAGCAAAUAAGAAUUUGCCAAAAAGCAAAAUAGAAGGACAGUAGCUUCCCAAUUUCUUGAUUACAGUAAUCAAGACACUAUGGUACCAGUGUGGGGAGAGAGAUAGAGAUCAAUGGAAUAGAAAAGAAUCCAGGAAUAAACCCUGAUACCUAUGGUAAACAUAGUUUUUUACAAAAAUGUGAAGGCAAUUCAUUGGGAAAAGAAAAAUCUUUUCAACAUUUGGUGCAGGAAUGAUUACAUAUCCAUAUGCGAAAAGAUGAAUUUAAAUCUUACUUCACACCAUACUAAAAAUUAACUAAAAAUGGAUCAGAGAUGUAAAUAUAAAAGCUAAAACUAUAAAAGGUUUAGCAGAAAACAUAGGAGAAAAAUCUCUGUGAUCUUGUAUUAGGCAAGGAAUUCUUAAAUACAACACCAAGGGCAUGAUUCAUAAAGAAAAAAUGAUAAAUUAGACUUCAUCAAAACUAAAAAGGUUCAAACUUCAAAAGAUACCAUUAAGAAAAUGAAAAGACAAAGCACAGACAGGAGCAAACAUUUAUCUGAUAAAGAACUUGUACAUGGAAUAUAUAAAGAACUCUUACAACCCAAUAAAAAGGAGACACACAACCCAGUUUACAAUUAGGCAGAAGAUUUGAAGAGAUAGUUUACCAAAUACAUUAUAUAUAUAGGC